AUGGCAAAGUUGUCCAGCCGUCUCAAAGCCUUGGUGAACGCGCCGGCUGCCCGUCCGCACACCGUGCCCGCGCCCCGCAAUAUACGGUCGGUCUACCAGAAGGUUCAAGAGGGCGCUCAAACAAAUGAGGUGUCACAGCGAUCGUGGUUGGCGUUAUCGACGGCCGCAACCAUGACCAUGAAUUCGCCCGAAUCCCUGGCCGCGCUAUUCCAACUGGCGACCUCGGCACAGUCCCCCGCCGAGAGCGUCGCUACGGCGGAGCUGAUGCGGGAGGUGGGCCUGAAGUGCAUCAGCUUCAACGGGAUCCCACGUACCAUCAACUGCCUGAACGCGUUCCGGGCCAGUUUGCCGGAGUCGGUGGGCGCCCAGUUGUCGCGAACUCCCACGCGGGCGCCAAACCCGGAAAACAUCACCGCCAUCAGCGGUCGUGGGCACGCGUUGUGGGACUCGAUCUACCGCCCCUUCGAGACCAAGCUGUACAACAAACUGGCCGAGUCGCAUCCCGACCUGCCCGUUCAGAUCCUGCACAGCAACUACGGAGCGCUGCUCUCGGAUCCGGCGGGACGGACCACGGGUGCCAAUGCCGGCCGCGUGCUAACGUCCAUCGUCGCCGUGGCGUGUCUGCGGGCCCAGACCGGCGUCGGUCCGCAGGUCCUCUCUCACGUGUUUGGCCUGCGCAAGUCCCUGGAGGACGGCAGCUGGGCCAGCGACGUGGAGUGCGAAGGUGCCGUGAAAUGGCUGGCCAGUGACGCGGGCAACGAGUGGAUUUUGACCAGCGUGGACGAGAUUGUGGAGGCGAUCAGCCAGGGCACGGGAUCCAACUUUGCUCCCGGUCUAGCCUCGAAGCUAUAA